AUGGCGGUUGUAAAGGUACAAUUUUGACAUUUUGAAACAAUCUGUAUUUUUGACAUUUUACAAUUUACUUUUCAAAACUUUGGUUGGUUUGCAUGCAUGAAUAUAAGACUGUUUAUUUGUAGAACUUGGGGAAAGGUAAAGAAGAGAUAGAAAUUACUUUAGAAGACCAAAAACAAAUAAAUACAUUUGCAAGAAGAAAUGCUAGAAUGGAAGAAUUAAAAGAAGAAAUAGAAACGAAAAAAGUAUGUUUUAGGUUAUUUAGAAUGUGUCCAUGGUUAUUGUCAAGUUCAUCUUGGUGGGUCUGACCGGAGAGUUUGUAAAUUGUGCACUUGGAAUUUCAAAAAUGUAAUAGUAAAUAUACGGAAAUAAUGGAAUUAUUGGAAUACACUCUUCCAGAAAGUAUGUCACUUUGUCUAUAGAGCCUCGUUUUCAUUUAUUUGGCAGUUACAGCCUAAUGUCUCAAUCACAAAAGCAAAGCUCUAUAGCCAAGGUGACGCACUUUCUGUAAGCAUGUAUAAUAAGCAUUGAAAUUAUGUACCCAGUAUAUUGGUAGACAGAUAACUUUACAUUCAUGUGUAUAAAUAUGGCAUUAGACUAACUAGCAGGGAAAUGCAAUAUUAAAAAAUAUGGGCUGAACUGUUUUACUUUUUUAUACAGAAAGAUCUUCAAAAUUUAGAAGAUGCUUCUGAUGAGUUACUGAUGGUCGAGGACUCGUUAAUAUCGUAUCCUUUUAAUACACUAAGAUAAUGUGUCAUUUUUGAAAACAACACCAUGAAAGAAAUAGGAAGUUAACCCACCCCCUCCCCACUUUGAACAUUUAUUACAUUUUACUACUAUCAGAAGUGGACUUCCUGCCACCACCCCACCCCCCUUAGCUGGGGCAGCAGAAAUCUCCCCCAUAGGUGGAAUCCAGAUGUUCUCUGGAAUGGCCCAAUAAGUUUAAUACACUGAGUUUUGGUUAACAAUGGUUUGCAAAAAAGGUAGAUUUAGCAUGUUUUGUCUAAAGUUGUAUGAAACCUUGAUUGAAUGCUCAGAUACAAAGUUGGUGAAGUGUUUCUUCAAAUGAACCAGGAAGAGAUAGAAGAACAUUUAGAGACAGCAAAAACAAAAAUUAAAGAUGAAAUACAAAGCUGUGAAGAACAGUUGACAGAAAUUCAAGGAGUUCUAGCAGCUUUGAAAGCUAAACUUUAUGGGAAAUUUGGUGAUAGCAUAAACUUAGAAGCAGAUGAAGAAUAA